AUGCAAAGAAUUGCCUUAUUACAUACUAAUUUCUGUUCUUAUGAAAAAGUUAUUGUAGAAAGAUUAGAAUAGGAGUAAAUUGGUUUAAUAUACUUAAAUUCCCCAAAUGAUCUAAAUUCUUUGUCUGAACCAAUGAAAAGAGAUCUUGCAUUGGCAAUUUAAGAAUUGGAUUCAGAUAGCAAUAUUAAGGUAAGAUUAUAUUUUUUAAUAAGGUUUUAAUUUUGUUGUCCAAAUUAGAAAAGCUAUUUUGUGCUGGAGCCAAUAUUAAAGACAUUUCAAAAAUUAGUUUGGAAUCAUAGUUGAAAGGAGACAUAUUUUAGAAUAUAUUUUAAGUGUUAGAAUCUAUAAGAAAGCCAUUAAUAGUAGGAAUCAACGGAGUAGCUUUGGGAGGAGGUCUUGAACUUGCUUUGAAUGGUGAUAUAAUUGUUGCAACAGAGGAGUGUAAAUUGGGUUUGCCAGAACUAAAAUUAGGUUUUAUCCCAGGACUAGGAGGAACAUAAAGAUUGACAAAACUUAUUGGAAAGACUAAUGCUAUGAAAUACAUCUUAACUUCUGAUAGUAUUUCAGCUUAAGAAGCUUAUUAAAGAGGAAUAGUGAAUUCUGUAGUGAAAAAAGAGUAAUUAAGGGAAGAAUGCAUUAAUAUUGCAAAGAAAAUAAGUGAGAAAUCAUUAUACACACUUAUUGCAGCAAAGGCUGCCAUAAAGAAUGCUGAAGAGAUGCCAAUUAGUUAAGCCAAUAAAGUGGAGAGAUAAAUAUUUAAUAGUCUUUUAAAUACUAAAGCUGCUAAGGAAGGAGUCACUGCUUUUGUGGAAAAGAGAAAACCUAAUUUUAGAAACAUAUGA